AGAACGAUUGCACAGGCUUUUCUGUGUAGUGCUGUGUGGAAGGGCCGUAAAAAUGCUUUCUAGAUCUCCAGCAUCGACAGUGAGUCGGCCAUGUUCUCGUGAGCUCCUGCAUGCAAUCGCCCAUAACGUCCCGCAGCUUAGUUCGCGACAACUCCGCCGAGGAGCUGCAAACCCCAUCCGUCAGAGAUCACGGAAUUGCAGUUCACUACGGAACCAGUGCCCUCUCCCCCCGCAAUUUCCUUCGAAAAAACGGGCUACCGACAACAGAUCUGGAGUAUGGUGUGCCGCGAAAAGAUCGACGUCAACGUCUGCUCCGGUGGAUGGCGCAGUCGGACCGAGUCGCAAAGACGAGAUUUACGCUUUGAUCGACAAUAUCAAUCAACAUGACGCCGAGCUAGCCGAGCUUCUAGAAAAUUUGGAUUUGUUGGAUGAGCACCAUGGAGUCCUUAAUAUCCACGGUACGGAUCUCGAUCAUGCCUUUAGCCAGACAAUCGGCCACCGAAGCCCAGAGGCGCUGGAAUCACGAGUUCGAAUGGCAAGGCAGCAGUUUGGGGAAAGUCUACCAGAGGGCUACUUGAAUGCUGUCGAGACACAACUAUACGUUCGACUGUAUGGCGAGCCGAUAGUCAAGGAGCAAGAGCUCCAGGUCGAGGAUGAGGAGGCCGGGGCAGAUAGCGACCAGUUGUUCCGGGAAGAUGGACAAGGAGGUUGGGAAGAGGUUGAGUUCGAACGAGCCACGCUGCAGGGGGAAGGCGAAGAAGAGAUCCCUGUGGUAUAUGACAUGGAAGCGGGUCCGGAGGAGGAGGAGUCGAUGAUAAUGAAACGCGCAAGAGAGGUGGCUGAACAGCUAGGUGGUGAAGUCAUGCUCCAGCAGUUCGAAGACGAGGCCGUUCCGGAUUCUACUCCCCGAAGACAUCCCCUGACAGUGGAGGGUAAAUUCUCUACAAACCCCAGCACUAUUCUUCUGCCGACAGACACUGUAGUUGGCCCCAUCUCGGCGAUCCUGUCCAACUACUCCAACAAGCACCUUAAGGACAAAGCUCGUGCGAUAUUUGGCGGGAGGAGUCUCCCUCAUUCUACAACGGUCAUGCCUCCGCGUGCCCAGCUGCCGCAGCUCCCCGUCGCCCUAGAAGCUUCACAACAUUACAUGAGCGACAUGGAAGCUAAUUCAUUUCUGGCCGUUCUGUACCCCGGCAUAUACUCGUCUGUGCUGAGCAUUCUAGUCGAAAUUCGAAAACGACUAGGGACCAGUUGGAUUCGUCGUCUGAUGACGCAGGAAGGGGGCCCAAGUGUGCUUGAUGCUGGUGGUGGGGGUGCUGGAAUCUUGGCCUGGAGAGACAUUCUUCGCACAGAGCACGAGCUUAUGAAUCCUGACAGCCACGAAUCUGACUCGGUUCCUAUGGGGAAGUCAACCGUUGUCACUGGAUCGGAAGCCCUUCGACUCCGUGCGGCUGCCAUGCUCGAGAACACGACGUUUCUCCCUCGUUUACCAGAUUACGUCCAUGUCCGCGACACGCCGACAUUGGAAGAUGCGCGAGAACCUCCCAAACGGAAACAGUAUGACAUUAUAAUUGCGCCCCACACCCUCCUCGGAAUUGAAGACGACUAUCUGCGGAAGGAACAUGUUGAGAAUCUCUGGUCCUUGCUUAAUCCCAAUGGAGGUGUCUUGAUUCUUCUCGAAAAAGGACGCCAGCGCGGGUUUGAAGCUGUUGCUGGAGCGCGCGAGAUGUUGCUGAAGCGUCAUAUUUCCAGCCCCGGCUCCACAGAAUACGAAGACUUCCUUGAGUCUCCUGGAGAUGGUAAACCCGUGAAAAAGGAAACUGGGAUGAUCAUUGCCCCUUGUACAAACCAUGAAAUUUGUCCCAUGUACCGCUUCCCGGGCGUAUCGAAGGGCCGUGAAGACUACUGUCAUUUCCAGCAAAGGUAUAUCAGGCCCCAGUUCCUGCAACGCAUCAUCGAUGCCAAGGAUCGAAAUCACGAGGAUGUCAAAUUCAGCUACAUCGCUGUCCAGCGGGGUGAGGACUUGCGUCAACAAGCUGAAAUCGCGCAAGACAUCGAAGCCACAAACGCUGCAUUUGCCGGUUAUGAGCAUAUUGCCCGGAGCCCCAAAGAGGAAGAACUGGAAGCUGUAAACACGCCCAAUACGACAGAGACAACUCCCCAGACUACGGAAGCCACUCCAUCAGAAAGUCCAACAGGAACCUUCCACACCCUUUCCCUUCCUCGUAUUGUUUACCCCCCUAUGAAGCGACGAGGACACGUCAUCCUCGACGUGUGCACCCCGGAAGCUAAGAUUGAACGCUGGAUUGUUCCUCGCUCCUUCAGCAAGACCGCCUUCACAGACGCCCGAAAGGCAGGAUGGGGAGACCUGUGGGCUCUAGGCGCCAAGACCCGGAUCCCACGAACUCUGGUGCUGGGCCAGAAAGACGGCGAAGGGAAGAAAGAACGGCUUGCUAGACGAGCCGCUGUAAGAGCCGCUCUGCGCGAGGAACAGGAAGAACUCAGUGAAGGCAACACGUCCUCCACACCGCCGUUGCCGGAGAUGCCUAUUCUUAUCAAGGAAAAGGGUCAAACGAUCCCUAGUUGGAAGAAGAAAUUGACUAAAAAGCAAACGAGGCAGGCCGCGAAGAAGCGUUCUGCAGCAGGACUUGAAAGCGUUAAGGCCGAUGUUUAAAAGACCUUCCAAUUCUACAUUCUCUUCCUCUCUCUCUUACCGGGCUAUUCAUUGUACGUGGAAAAAUACCGGAAGUUGACGAUCUACCGCGGCGCAAGGACAUUCUAUGGGUUUCUCUUACUCUCAAGGGGAGGGCGGUAAAGGAAUAUUGGAUUGAAUCUGGCAUUUAUACCUAGUCAAAGUGUAAUAUAGUGACCUCUUCACUCAAUUUCUAUUCUUA